GAUGAUAGUUUCACACCACGUGACUUUUGUCUGCAGCUGGAAUGGUUCAUUUUAAUUUGCAGAAAUAGCACACCAUUUUAUUCUUUGUGGGAUUUCCAAUUGACACGACAUGGAUCAAAACAACAGCAUACCCCCUUUCCAAGGGCUGGCAUCACCACAGGGUUCUCUGACUCCAGGGAUAAAUAUUUUCAGUCCAUUGAUAACCUAUGGAACUGGUCUGACCCCCCAGCCUGUACAAACAACUAACAGUUUGUCAAUACUGGAAGAACAGCAAAGACAACAGCAGCAGACGCAGCAGUCUACAUUACAGCAAGGGAAUCAGGGGUCAGGCCAAACCCCUCAACUGUUUCACCCACAGACUCUUACCACAGCACCUCUUCCAGGAAAUACACCAUUAUACCCCUCCCCAAUAACUCCAAUGACACCUAUUUCUCCUGCCACCCCUGCAUCAGAAAGCUCAGGAAUUGUUCCUCAGCUACAGAACAUAGUGUCCACUGUAAAUCUUGGCUGCAAACUUGACCUAAAAACAAUUGCACUUAGAGCGCGAAAUGCAGAGUAUAACCCAAAGCGUUUUGCUGCUGUUAUAAUGAGGAUACGAGAGCCACGUACAACUGCGCUUAUAUUUAGUUCAGGAAAAAUGGUAUGCACUGGGGCUAAAAGUGAAGAACAGUCUCGUUUAGCAGCUAGAAAAUAUGCCAGAGUUGUACAGAAACUGGGAUUUCCAGCCAAGUUUUUAGAUUUUAAAAUACAAAAUAUGGUGGGAAGCUGCGAUGUGAAAUUCCCUAUCCGAUUAGAGGGACUGGUCCUUACACAUCAGCAGUUUAGCAGUUAUGAGCCUGAGCUGUUUCCAGGUCUUAUCUACAGAAUGAUCAAACCAAGAAUUGUCCUGCUUAUUUUUGUUUCUGGAAAGGUUGUACUGACAGGUGCUAAAGUACGAGCAGAGAUUUACGAAGCAUUUGAAAACAUCUAUCCUAUCCUUAAAGGCUUCAGAAAAACAACGUAACCGCUGGCUUAAACUUUUUUUUAAUGUAAUAUAGAACAUUUUGUACAGGAUUUUGACUGAACACACCCCCCCCCUCGUUACAUAUGGUGUUCCAUUGAAACCAGUAUAUUUGUGGGGCUUUGUUUCCUGAUGGAGAAUGGUUUUACAUGGACUUUUAAAAGUUUUUAAUUUGGUUUUAUCAAGAUUGCUCCCUUUUACACAGAAGAAAGCUGGUCAACAGGAACUUUAGAUGGAAAAAUCUGCUUCCGUAUGUUUUAGAUUAAAAUCUAUCAGGGAAAAUCUGGGUACUGUAAGGAGUCCCUAUUGUAAAUAGAUUUCAUAAAUACAUUAUGCUCUUUAGUAAUGACUUGAUAGGUUUAUCUCUGCACUUGAUAGCAUAUCUUAUGAAUAUGAACCAGCAAGUUUUAUUAUGUAAAGUAACUGAUGUGUGCUCACAGCUCAUUGUUCUGUUUGUUUUUUAUUAACUAACCUUGGGUCUGAAAUCUGAGCAACCAAUGUAAUGAAUCACUUUUACUACAAGCUGAUUGAUCUGGACUAUGAUUUAAUUGCUUGCAGAGUUUAUUAAAUCUGAAACCACUCGGACAAACAACUGUAUAUUAUAUACUCUAAGGAAUAUAUAAAACCUGUAAUUUUUGUGUUUACUUGCUUUGUGCCAAACACAUUCCCGAUUCACAGAAUUCAGUGAGAUAGAAUAAAUGUAUAAUGUUUCUGUAAUUUGUCGUUAAAGGACCAGUAACAUCAACUUUGUUUUUUGGGUUUUUUUGGUAUACCACGAAAAAAAAAAAAACACCAAGACUAAUUAAACUUUAAAAUUUGCACAGCCUAUAUUAGGAAAUAAUUUGCUAAAAACUCCGCUUGCGCUCCUCUUCAGAAAAGGAGACACAAUGACGACCCAUCGUGCAGCGCUAGAUUUCUCCUCCCUGGCUAUCUCCUAUAAGGAAGGAAGGCAGGGAGGAGAAAUUGAGCGCUGCACAAUGAGUCUCCUUUUCCGAAGAGGAGCACAAGCAGUGUUUUGGUAAGUUAUUUCCUUUAUAAAGGCUGUGUGAUUUUAAAGUUGAAUUUGUCUUUGUGGGUUUUUUUUGUGGUAUACUAACAAGUUUUUUUUUUUUGUUUUUUUAAAUUGAUGUUGCUAGUCUUAAGUUGUUUUUUACAGUCAGUCUUACUGUGGUCCACACAUUCAGAACUUGUUGUGAAAACCUUCCAUGAAUAUCAAAACCGCUUCUGGGGGCAUAUUUAUUAAGAUUGGAGACAAACAUCCCUGGGUUGUUGCCCAUAGAAACUAAUCAAUUUUUUAUGUUUUUAACUUGUGGGUGACUGUUACAAUCUAAUUGCUGAUUGGUUGCUAUGGGCAACAUCACCAGUGAUGUUUUUCUCUUGUGUUAAUAAAUAAACUCUUUUAGUUUGCAA